GGUGCCUGCCACCAGCCUUAUACUUUUAAUCACCUGAUUUUUUUAAAAAGGAGAAAAAAUAAAAACAAAGAUGAAAGUGAAACCAGUUUUGUGCUUCCUGCUUUGACUGCAAAUUCAGUUCUCUCUCACACUUACCAAGCCAAAGCCUGGGCUGGAGCUGCCAGUAAGCAGUUGACCAGUCUCAGGGAACGAACCUACUUUCCAUGCACAUCUCUCAGCAGCAAUCUGAAGACAGGAACUUAGCCUUUGGACACAACCAUGGCCACAGCAGAACACACCCCUGUCGAUCCUGUUCCCAGAGACAAAAGGACGCAAGAUCUCCAAGAGAUGCUGGAAGAAGUAGGCCUGACUGUUGAGUACUGGCUUCUUAAGCUUCAGGAAGACCUGGGUGUGACAUGUCCCCAGGCCUUACAACACAUAGAAGAAAAAGACCUCCAGAAGCUGAAAUCCCAGGCAAAAUAUCCAUGGGAGGAAAGGGCCUUGGAAAAGCUUCUGAACCUGGCACACUCAAAUAGACUGUCAGAGUUACAGAAGUCUCGGAUAGAGAAGAGAAAUAAAAAGCAAGAGCAGGCAGCACAAGCGCUGAAGGAGCUGAAGGACUUGAUGUCACAAGGAAAGCAGCGAAACACAGAAGCAGUAAUGAGCAAACAAGCAGAGCUGAGGGAAGCAAUGGACAUCCCCAAAGAGUACUGGCUACCUUCUAAAACAUCCCUAAAAGAAGUCAUAGACAACAUGCAGAAACAACUUGAACUCACAAACCUGGAACUAUCCCAGCGGGAAAAUCUCCCAGAUAAAGAUUUGGUGAGCUGGGCAUCUGGAGGGCUGGCCCUCCAUGGAAUUUACAAAACCACUGACCAAGGGGGCCUGAUGGAGAAGAAUGAGAACCUACUCAAAGUCCCCAGAGACUUCUCACUCUUUGGUCCUAGGCAGGGCAUACGAAUGGAAACAGUAGAAUUUACAUCUUAUGAAGAAGAAUCCAUGUUCACUAAGAAAAUAGAGAAGGGGGGAUUUAGUGCAAUUAUCUCAGGCAAGGGUGAAGGUUGGGGAGGUAGUCUCGAAGCUGGUUUUGGUGGCAGCAUACAUUCAAAAUACAAGACAACUCGACGAAAACAUUCUGAGCAUUCUUAUUUGUGCUCAACCAAGUUCAGCUACAUCCCCCUGGCCUCCUGCUACUUUGCCAUUGAUCAGCUCCAGUUAUCCAAGGCUGCUCUCCAGGAAUUAAAAUACAUUGAAGACCUUCUGGAUAAGACAACAGGCUCAGACAGAUCCUCCUUACUGAGACACAGGGCUAAAAGCUUCUUCCACAGGUUUGGCUCUCAUGCUAACCAAGGCCCUCUGCACCUGGGGGGCAUCUACUGGUGGAAAGCCGUUUCAGAGGGUUUCCACAGUGAGCAGUUGAAAGAAGUGAAACAGCAGUCAGCAAAGGCCCUGGAUGCUUUCAUAAGUGGCAGCUUCGGUACACCUAUAGCGAAAGGUGCUGGAGGUGUGAAUGUGUCAGGCUCUGAUUCAAACACAACCUCUCAGAAUAAAACUUCCAAAAAUCUCCAAGCUGAAGUCCAAUUUUCUGUGGCCCAGACAGGUGGCCCACCAGAAGCAAAUGGCUUUGUCCAGUGGAAAGCUGGCCUCAUUGCCAGCAAUCAAACCUGGUUUGUCAUUGACCGGGGACUUCAUCUGGUACCCAUUUGGGACAUCAUCCUCUUCAACCACAGAAGUGAUUUUAAGUAUCCUCAAGGGGUGGCUGACUAUCUGAAAGCCUGCUACAUUACUAUGACUCGCCGUACUGCCCACAUCCAGGAUGAAGAGGAAUUACUAAGUGAUAGGAUGAAGGGCAGGGCUUUCCUAGAGGAUGAGAAAUCUUGGAAGAUACCUACUUUAGGUGAGCUGUUUAAAAAACUGAAAAUCUCAAGCAAAUAGUUGAGUAAACUAUAGAAAGUCAUCACCCUUGGAUUUACAUAUGCCUCACAGAUUGGGAUCUGAGAAUUUUCUAGUAAAAAUUGUCAACUUUUGCAGAGACUCCCAAUUAUAAAACUAAAUUUAUUAAAUCUCAGUUGGAUGUCCUCUGGAUCCUCACAUAUACAGAGUAACAAACUUCCCUCAGGCUCACUCCCUCGUGCACUGGAUCUAUGAGUCAGAGCCAGAGCAAGAACAAGUCAACAUUUCCCAAUUUUCUGAAUUAAUUAAAAUCUUAAAAGAAGCCCAGAAUGACCUCAUGGAAGCAAAGGUCAAAUCUGAGUCCCCAGAAACAGUGGAGAAAUCUCAAAGAGAGGCCACUUAUGAGGUCGGCAGGGCUCUCCGCUGCUUAUUGAAUAACCUCCAAGAAACAGACCAGCCAGACACACAGCUCUUGCUACUUUCCAUUGCAGCUGGUGCAGGAUAUCAUGUGGAAAACAAUACUUUCCAGCAUCUCCUUGGGUGUGAUGAGUUAAACUUCCUACUGGAUGAAAUUCAAACUGCACAGAAUAAAUACCAGGAGCUCAAAAAUAUUUGCAGCUACAGGGCUCAAGCAUUCCUGGUGCUCACAGUUCUGACAGCCACAGCUGGAGUCACAGCUAUAUCUCCAAAAGAGAAAACACAACGCAUGGCAUUAAUAAGACAUCACAUGGGAAACUCAUUUUCUCAAGAAGUUGAACAUGUUCUCACCAAACCUGGAGCAGAUCAUGAUUGGGAAAACCUCGAGAAAGACUUACAAUUGCUUAUUGAUGGAGAUUACGAAGGCACCAUCUCUUCUUUGCAAGUGGAAGAGGUGAGAAAACAAUUGCAGAGUCUCUUCCAUGGAAAGAAACAGCACUCUAAACCACAUGAUAAUGAAAAUAAGAAAUGGGAGAUGAUAGAAAAUGGAGCCUUCCUAGACUUACUCCAGCGUCUAGGCCUAGAACAUGACUACCCAAAAAGGAUGAGCAGAGCUAACUUCCAUCUGAUCUACAAGACUUCUGUGUACAAAACCCAGCCCAGCUCUGAACGGGAGCUUCCCUUCUAUUUCCUGCAGAAGCUGAUGAUGCUAGACUAUAAGCUGAGAUACCUGGUCUUCAAAGAUGAUCGAAACCCAGAACACCAAGUCUAUCCAAGUGCCUCUAAUCAGGAAAAUGAGGUGUUUGAUCCAUUUGAAGACAGUGGUAGUCCCACUAAGCCUUCAGACACUAAACUUUGACCCCACAUUCACCCAAUGGAUAUUCAGAUGGCAAUUUUUCACUGUGCAGAUGAUUUUGCCAGACAAUAUACUUUAGCCAAACUUUCCAUUUGUCAGUUUGCCCUCCCUCUUGUGGUGCCUAAUCCCUGCACUUCUCAAAUUGAAUUUUCUCUGUGGUCACUCAGACAAAUUAGGAGAAGCUGGCAGCAAGGGAAGAAGAGCAGUUACAAAACUCAGCAGAUGUGUCGUGUCUCUACCCCUAUUGUGUCCUUUAUUAGAGUUGGAAAUGGCUUCUCUGCUUCCAAAUCUCAGAUCGUGAACUGUCUUCUCAGUAAACAUAAACAUGAUGUGUUUUUUCACCGACACUUCAGAGGUAGCAGCAAAGAUUUAUUGCUGGGCUUUAUUUCUUCUAAAGGCUCUAUGGGACAAUCCAUUUCUUUGCCAUUUCCUGCUUCUAGAAACUGGCUGUAUUCCUAGACUGAUGACACCUUUCCAUCUUCAAAGCCAGCAAUGGCCUGUCAAGGAUUUUGCUGUGCCAUUCUACCACUGAUCCUACUGCCUCACUUUUGUGAUCGCAGUGGGCCCUUGUGAUUACAUUGGGCCCACCUGGAUGAUGUCCUUAUAUCUGACAUUGAUAAUUGAAUUGCAUUUGCAAAGUCCUUUUUGCCAUAUAAGAUAAUAUAUUCCCAGGUUCCAGGGAUUAGGAUGUGGACAAUUUUGGCAGCCCUUUAUUUAUCAAUAUCACACUGAAAGAGAGAAUAACUCUCAAUGAUUCAGGCAGCUAUAAAAGAUGAGUUAAUCGUUUUCUUUUUUACUUUCUUAAACCAAAAUAUAACAGUUACACUAAAAAAAAUUA